AUGGCUUCACAAAACUGGUCAUCGCUGCCUAAGGCGAUGAAUAAGUCCAUUUCAACGCUAGGCAAAGCUCUGGAUCAAGACCGCCAAUGGCAGGCCUUCAUUCGUACGAAUGCAAUCAUCGAGCCUGUAACUAUGGGAGUGCAGUCUCUUGACGGAAAUGACGCCGUUCUGGUCAGGGUAGAACCCAAGGCAAAAACGUCGGUUUGGACCGGCUCCGCCGAUGAUGCCGACUUCACUCUGCGGGCGAAGCCAGAUCAAUGGGAGAAGUUCUUCCGGGCCAACCCAAUGGCACCAUACACUAGCUUUGUUGGCCUCCAAGGAAUGAAUAUCAAGCAAGAAGGAGUGGGUGUGCACGGAAACCAAGUCAAAUUCGCACAAUACAGCCAUCUCACCACCCGUCUACUGGAACUGCUCCGCGAUGGAUUGCAUGGGCCGAUGCAGGACUUAUCACAUGACCACCCAAUCGAUGAUCACAUUGUAGGGAGGUACAUCUAUCUUGACUGCCCCGUAUGGGGCCGGACAAAGAUAUUCUACGAGACCGCUGGCGAUGGGCCACAACAGAUUGUCUUCUGCCAUACCGCUGGUGCAGACUCACGCCAGUAUCAUGGUGUUAUGAACCACCCGGAGAUGCAGAGGCGUUGCACCAUGAUUGCAUUUGAUUUGCCGGCCCAUGGACGUUCGUUUCCGGGCAGCAACCAUAUUCCAGGAAAUCACACCAACACUGAAGAGGCAUACGUUGGUACCAUCGCUGCAGUAGUCAAGGGACUCAACUUAAAUAAGCCCAUUAUAUGCGGUGCUUCGAUGGCAGGGCAGGUUUGCGUUGCUGUCGCCAUUCGCAGUGACGAAGUUGGUGCCGGAGGGACUAUAUCUCUGCAGGGUUGCGACUAUCUGACCAUGGACCGUCAGUUCAACGACAAGUCGCCCGUUGUCAACCAGUCUCUCUACAAUCCAGACUGGAUCUAUGGAAUGAUGGCGCCACAUUCGCCACAAGCAAACAAGCAGCUUAUCUGGCAUAUGUACAGUGGUCAGGCUUAUGGAAUCUUUCACGGAGACUUGGAUUUCUACUUCGGCGGUUUCGAUGCUCGAGAUCGCGUUGCGAGAAUCGACGUCAAGAAAUGCCCGAUUUACUUUCUGACUGGCGAGUACGACUGGAGUACGACCCCCGAAAUGAGCAAGGCAACUGCAGACAAGAUCAAAGGCGCGGGCUUCAAAAAGAUGGAGAAUCUUGGUCAUUUCCCCGCCACCGAGAACCCGUCACUCUUUGUGCCAUAUCUGGUGGAGGCAAUUGAGUACAUUCAGAGGACUCGCAAAGAGCCAGAGCCGGUUUUGGAUGAAGGAAAAUACGUUGACGAGGUGUUCCUACAGCCUUCCUAG